CUGAAAACGAAAAAAUUAAAAUCGUUUUACUUUAACCUUGCUUGAAGACUGGUUAGUUUAUACUUUAUACUUUAACUUGAUUCAUUUUUUUGUGAAUCUGUUAACACUUUCAGUUAGACGCUUUCGUCACCAUGUUUUUAAUAGGUCGCCUGGAAGGUUGCCCCACCUUACAAAAGCAGCCAACCAAUUAUAAUAUUGCAUUCCGCCCCUGUUGCAUUCCGGUUGUGUUCCGUAUGGAGUUUGUUUUACGAAAACCCUGAUCAUACGAACCACGAAGGAAAUCAGCUACCUACGUAACCGAAAUUUUUUAACUGUUCAUGGUGUUCUGGACGUGAGUGGUCUGACUGGUCUUUUUUCCAUUUUCGGGUCGCCUGGCAUAUCCUUAGUUCGUUGGGUACCACCUGGAGGGAGUACGAUCUGGAACGUUAAGCCAUUGUGGGUCUUCCUAAUGGUAUAGGCUUAGGAGACUGGUAAAGCCUAAAAGAGACUUUUUUAAACAGAGUUUUAUUCAUUGGUCACUUUACUUUGCUGCUGUUAUACGGGUGUUUUGGCACACCGUCCUUCCCUGUCUGUGCUCGAAUGGCUGGUAACGAGAUUCCGGAGUCGUGGGACGAUGGUGCGGAUGAGGUCGUGGCGCCCGUAACCUCAGCGUUCUCAAAAUUUAAUGUUCAUGCCGCAGAAUUCGUCCCGAAUUUUUCAUCGGCGCCACAGCAAGCACCAGUGCCUGCAGCAGUUGAUAUUCCACUGGAAACGCCGGCUGCUGUACCAGCACAAAAAAAGAUUCCGGAGAAAUCUGGAGGAGCAGAAGCUAAGAAGACAGCGGAAAUGAGAAAGGAAAACUCUCAACCUCAACCACUAAUUUCGCAGUCAGUCAAAAAAGAUAUUGAUGUCAGCGAGCCGUAUGCGGACUACGAAGACAUGGAAAUUGAUGAGCCCGUUUCUGAAUCACGAGCCCGUCCCGUUGACGAAGGACCUAAAAAGGAACAUUUGAACAUAGUUUUUAUUGGGCAUGUGGAUGCCGGAAAGUCUACAAUUGGAGGCCAUGUUCUCUUGGAAACUGGAACCGUUGAUAAAAGAACUUUGGAAAAGUACGAACGGGAAGCGAAGGAAGCUGGACGUGAGUCAUGGUUCUAUGCUUAUGUCUUGGACACUAACCCAGAAGAACGCGAUAAAGGAAAAACAGUGGAAGUCGGCCGAGCAGUAUUUGAAACAGAAAAGAAGCUUUUCACAAUCUUGGAUGCACCUGGGCAUAAAAGCUUCGUAGCGAACAUGUUGGAAGGAGCGUCCCAGGCGGAUAUUGCUAUACUGGUUAUUUCGGCCCGUAAAGGUGAAUUCGAAACCGGAUUUGAAAAGGGUGGACAGUCCAGAGAACACGCAUUGUUGGCCAAGACUUCGGGAGUGAAACAUUUGGUGGUUCUUAUUAAUAAAAUGGACGACACAACCGUUAACUGGAGCGAAGAACGGUAUAACGAAUGCCGGGAUAAAUUAUCCCCUUACCUGAAACAGGUUGGAUUCAACCUCAAGACGGAUGUGUUCUUUAUGCCGGUAUCCGGUUUCACGGGGGCUAAUUUGAAAGAACCAGUAGGAAAAACUGUUUGUCCAUGGUACAGCGGCCCUUCUUUUUUGGACUAUUUGGAUAAUUUACCACCUUUUCCCCGUAAUAUCGAAGGCCCGCUCCGGAUACCGAUUAUUGGCCGCUUCCGAGAAAUGGGAACAGUAGUAACUGGGAAGAUUGAGAGUGGCUCGGUCAAAAAAGGCGAUCAGCUGCUAUUGAUGCCGAAUCGAAUUUCUGUGGAAGUUUUACAAGUUUGGGCGGACGAAACUGAAGUCACUGUUGCUGCCUGUGGUGAUAACGUGCGUGUCAAGCUCAGGGGUGUCGAAGAGGACGAUGUACAAGCCGGGUUUAUUUUGUGCGAUUCAGCGAACCCUUGUAAAACAGGGUCCGAGUUCGACGCUCAGGUGGCAAUUUAUGAACACAAAAACAUCAUUUGUGCUGGGUAUAAAGCUAUAAUGCAUCUGCAUGCACUCCAAGAAGCCGUAACAGUGAAGAAGUUAAUUGCCUUAGUGGACAAGAGAACCGGAAAGCCCGACAAGGAAAACCUGGAGCACCAGUUUCCGCGGCUUCGGUGUGUCAAAGCAGGGCAAUUGGCCAUUAUUCGUUUUGAAUGUGCAGAUGGUAUUGUUUGUAUGGAGAACUGGAAGGAUUUUCCACAGUUAAGCAGGUUUACUUUACGUGACGAAGGAAAGACUAUUGGAUUUGGAAAGAUAGUGAAGAUCGGUGAUAAAAAUUAAGUAAUUUGAAAGUGCAUGUGUUGCGAUUUCGUUCCCUGCUAAGACUUAUCUCGGCCAUUUCUACUUGCGUUAUCCGUAGUUGUAUCUUUUUUAAUAUUAGGAAGGUUUUUCGGGUUUUGUACUUCUGUGGACAGUUGGUCAUUCGUGAAUAUAAAUGCUUAAGCAUACUGACAUAAAAAUGAUGAAAAUA